CCAACUUCCGCUGGGCUACCCAGAUCACCGUUAACAUCAGCGGCUUCACGCUGCUCAGUCAUGAAAUAAAGCGGCUGCUUAAUACGACCGUAACAUCCACGCUGGAGCCCUUAAAUCGGUCCGAUCUUAAUUUUCUUGGAUUCGUUGGUUCUCUAAAAGCCUCGUCUCCGUGAUGUUGGAUGCUAACUCUGAAGAUCUGCUGAACUGGAUGGCAAUGUAGAGCAGCACCAUUGUUUUAAUCAGCUCGUGAAGUUGGACCCAGCCUGAAAAGCAACCAAAAUUCAUCAGAUACUGUUGGAUCUCCUAAUAUUUCAUCAAUAAUUCGCACGGAAUUAACUGCCAUUUUUGGAUUUAUUUUGUGUGUGUGUGUGUGGUUUUCUCCUGUCGUUGACAUUUAACGUUAAUUCUUUUUUGGUCCUUAACAUUACCCGGUUUGUUUGCCAUUUUGUUCAUGUUAAAUUGCUGCAUUGACAGAUCACUGUGUGACAGCCUAACAUUAGUCUAAUAGUCAUGCGAAAGCCAAAUCAGGCCAAUGAUUUUGCAUAAACACUUCACAGAUCUUAGAUAAAAAACGAUUUCCUAAUUGUAAAUAUUAUUAUUUGUUUGUUUUUUAAUGCAAAGCCAGCUCCUUCAAGCGUAAUGUGGUAGUUAGACAACCUCAGUCAGCCAUGAAUUAUUUAAGCCCUGCUAACUUAUUAGUUACUCGGUUUCCUGCCGGACAAAAGUCUUGACAUUUGCAGUUUGACCCAGUGUGAGUGUGUCAGGAAUCCAGGAGGGAGUUGGCUGUUCUCUCAACUCUGUUUUUGAUCCAACUAAAGCUCCAGCUGUCAAGACAUUCCACCAAACUUUUCUUUUAAACAUUUUUAAAAAGCGACCAUGUCUCUACUGUGCCGUUCAAAACGCAGAAAAACAACCCGGUAAGGACAAUGCUGGCCAAUUUUGGACACGACACGCUUCAGAUAUCACGAAUUAUCCGGGACUCCGGUGACAGACAAAUCUAGAUGAGUUUGAUUUUAUGAACUCGAGGCUGUCAGCAAGCAUUUUGGUCGUAUUAUAACACGUCUCCUCGUGGAUAUAUCGAUACAUUAUGGGUGACGCUAAUUUGAACGACUCCAACGUCAAGGUGGCGGUUCGGGUUCGGCCCAUGAACCGGAGAGAAAAGGACCUGAACACAAAAUGCGUUGUGGAAAUGGAGGGGAAUCAAACAUUUCUGUACUCAACAAAUCUGGGAAAAGAUUCCAGCAGGGGUCAGCCAAAGACCUUCGCCUAUGACUACUGUUUUUGGUCGAUGGAUGAGUCAGAGACAGAGAAGUUUGCAGGUCAAGAUGUAGUGUUUCAGUGCCUUGGGGAGAGUCUUUUGCACAAUGCCUUUCAGGGUUACAACGCCUGUAUUUUUGCAUAUGGGCAGACUGGAUCGGGAAAGUCGUACACCAUGAUGGGUUCGGUUGACCAGCCCGGCUUGAUCCCCAGACUGUGUAGUUCCCUGUUUGAAAGGACUGUACUACACCAGCGAGAGGAAGAAAGCUUCACAGUGGAAGUCUCUUAUAUGGAAAUCUACAAUGAGAAAGUCCGGGACCUGCUUGACCCCAAAGGGAGUCGACAGGCCUUGAGAGUGAGAGAACAUAAAGUUUUGGGGCCUUAUGUGGAUGGUCUGUCCAGGCUUGCGGUAGAAAGUUACAAGGACAUCGAGUCCUUGAUGUCUGAGGGGAAUAAAUCCCGCACUGUGGCGGCCACCAAUAUGAAUGAGGAGAGCAGUCGUUCACAUGCGGUUUUCAAUAUCAUCCUCACACACACUCUGAAGGACCUGCAGUCAGGGACAAGCGGGGAGAAGGUGAGUAAGCUAAGUUUGGUGGACCUGGCAGGAAGUGAAAGAGCUGCAAAGACGGGCGCUGCAGGCGAGCGGCUCAAAGAAGGCAGCAACAUCAACAAGUCUCUAACCACCCUGGGUUUGGUGAUCUCAGCGCUGGCAGACCAGGGCGCUGGAAAAAACAAGAACAAGUUUGUGCCCUAUAGAGAUUCAGUGCUGACAUGGCUGCUCAAGGACAGUCUGGGUGGAAACAGUCGUACGGCUAUGGUUGCCACCGUGAGCCCAGCAGCAGAUAAUUACGAUGAGACACUGUCAACAUUACGCUAUGCAGAUCGAGCAAAGAGCAUCGUCAACCACGCUGUGGUCAACGAAGACCCCAAUGCCAGGAUCAUCCGGGAGCUCAGAGAAGAAGUGGAGAAAUUGCGAGAUCAGCUGACGCAGGCUGAGUCUAUGAAGGCACCAGAGCUGAAAGAGAGACUGGAAGAAUCUGAGAAGCUGAUCCAAGAGAUGACGGUCACCUGGGAAGAGAAACUUCGCAAAACUGAGGAAAUUGCACAGGAGAGACAGAAGCAGCUGGAGAGCCUUGGAAUCUCUUUACAGUCCUCUGGUAUUAAGGUUGGAGAAGAUAAAUGCUUCCUGGUCAACCUCAACGCUGACCCUGCCCUUAAUGAACUGCUGGUUUAUUAUCUAAAGGAACACACUAAGGUUGGCUCAGCAGACUCGCAGGACAUCCAGCUAUGCGGAAUGGGCAUCCAAGCAGAGCAUUGUGUCAUUAACAUCACACCUGAGGGAGCCGUCUUCAUCAACCCUUACAGAAACUCAAGAACAUGUGUGAACGGCUCUCCAGUCACCAGCCGGCAGCAGCUUCACCAUGGCGAUCGUAUUCUUUGGGGAAACAAUCACUUUUUCAGAAUAAACCUUCCAAAGAGGCGCCUGCGGGGUGAGGAAGAGGAGGGUGAGGGAGGGAACAUGAAGAGCAGUAACAGCAACGAGCAGCUGGACGGAGAAGGAGACACUGCCAGCGAGGUGUCCAGUGAGGUCAGCUUCAGCUACGAGUUUGCUCAGACUGAGGUCAUGAUGAAGGCUUUGGGAAGCAACGACCCCAUGCAAGCUGUUUUGCAGUCUCUGGAGCGCCAGCAUGAGGAGGAGAAGCGAACUGCUCUGGAGCGUCAGCGGCUGAUGUAUGAGCAGGAGCUGCAGCAGCUGCGCAGACAACUCACUCCAGACAGACAGAGCAUGCAAAUCCCACAGUCACAGCCCUUACAGCCACACUACCGCAGCAUGGAGAGACUGAGUCAAGGAGGAAUGUCUUCAUCAUCCAGUGCACAGCAUCGUCUGCGUCAGUGGAGCGAGGAGAGGGAGGUUGUGCUGACGCGAAGCUUGAGGAAACUGAGGGAGCAGAUUGUACGGGCCAAUCUGCUAGUGCAGGAAGCCAGUUUCAUCGCCGAAGAGCUGGACAAGAGAACGGAGUACAGAGUUACUCUACAGAUCCCUGCCGCAAACCUCAACGCUAACAGAAAGAGAGAUGCUGUACUGAGCGAACCUGCUAUACAAGUGAGGAGAAAAGGCAAAGGCAAGCAAAUCUGGGCUCUUGAGAAGAUGGAAAACCGUCUGGUGGACAUGAGAGAACUUUACCAGGAGUGGAAAGACUUUGAUGAAGACAACUCUGUGAUGCGCUCAUACUUCAAGAGAGCCGACCCUUUCUUCGAUGAGCAGGUCAAUCACAGUUUAAUUGGGGUGGCCAAUGUAUUCCUCUCCUGUCUGUUUUAUGAUGUAAAGCUACAAUACGCGGUUCCAAUCAUCAAUCAGAAAGGAGAGGUGGCUGGUCGACUGCAUGUGGAGGUGAUGAGGAUGGGUGGAGGGUUUGAUGACAGUGUAGGCGGAGGUGAAGAGAGUGAUGGCAGCCCUGACGGAGAUGUACAGGAGCGCAAGCUGGUCUGUAUGAUUAAGAUCCUGCAGGCUACAGGUCUCCCGCAGUACCUCUCCAAUUUUGUCUUUUGUCAGUACUCCUUCUGGGACCAAGCAGAGCCCAUCAUUGUUGCCCCAGAAGUAGAUCCCUCAGCGUCCUUCUCCAGCAGCAAAGACCCCCACUGUAUGGUGGUGUUCGAUAGCUUGAAGGAGCAUGCGGUGAAUGUAACAGAGGAAUUUAUCGAGUAUCUCACUGAGGGUGCUGUAGGCAUCGAGGUUUAUGGACACAGACAGGCUGAUCCAGGCAGAAACCCUGCGCUGUGGGAUCUUAGCAUCAUCCAGGCCAAAACACGAACAUUACGUGACAGGUGGAGUGAGGUGACACGUAAACUGGAGAUGUGGGUGCAGAUUCUGGAGCUGAAUGAGAACGGAGAGUACAUGCCUGUGGAGGUGGUGCCAGCGCGAGAUGUUCGCACGGGUGGCAUCUUCCAGCUCAAACAGGGUCAGUCUCGGCGAGUUCAGGUGGAGGUGCGUUCAGUUCAAGAUUCGGGCACAAUGCCAUUAAUAUCAGAGAUCAUUCUGGGAGUUUCCAUCGGUUGUGUGCAGAUCAGGCAGGUUCCGAUGACCAAAAACAAUGAGCCACAAGAGCCUGAGGGUGAUGAAAUGGACAGUUAUCAGGAGCGAGAUUUGGAGCGUCUCCGGCAUCAAUGGCUCACUGCUCUCACUAAAAGACAAGAAUAUCUGGACCAACAUCUUCAGACCCUAGUCAGCAAAUCAGAUAAGUCUGAGGAUGAUGUGGAGAGGGAGGCUCAGCUGCUGGAGGGGCGUCUGACGCUUACAGAGGAGAGAAAUGCAGUGAUGGUGCCCUCUGCUGGCAGUGGAAUACCAGGAGCUCCUGCUGAAUGGGUACCAGUACCCGGGAUGGAAACUCACAUUCCAGUGCUCUUCCUGGACCUGAGCGCUGAUGACUUCAGCUCUCAGGAGAAUCUGGACGUCCCUGAGGCAGGCGGUUGGGACGCUACUCUCAGUUCGGAAGAUGAGGAUGAAUUUUUCGACCUUCAGAUAGUCAAACACUAUGAUGGAGAGGUGAAAGCCGAAGCCUCUUGGGACUCCACCGUCCACGAAUGUCAACAGCUGAGUCGAGGAGCCACUGCGGAUCAGAGAGUGUACUUGAUCGUCCGCACUGUGGUGCAGCUCAGCCACCCUGCAGAAAUGCAGCUCGUCCUGCGCAAACGCAUCUGCGUGAACAUUACUGGACGACAGGGUUUCGCUCAAAAUUUUUUGAGACGGAUGUCAACUAGGAGCACUAUUCCAGGCUGUGGUGUGACAUUUGAGGUCGUCUCCAACAUCCCUGGGCAGGACAGUCAAAGCUCAGAGGACAGGGAGAUGUUGGCCCGAGUGGCCGCCAGCGCGGAGAACCCCAAAUCCUCAGAUAAUGAAGCUGCCAUAGAGAAGUACCUACGGAGCGUCCUGGCUGUGGAGAACAUCCUCACACUGGACCGCCUGAGACAGGAGGUGGCUGUGAAAGAGCAUUUGGCAGGAAAAGGCAAGGGCAGCAGACGCAGUCUCAGCUCUCCCAGUGUGCAUCGGUUAUCUGGAAGCAGACAGGAUCUGUCACUAAAUUCAGUUCUGGAUGACAACAAGAAUCGUUGGGAAAGCCAGCAGGAUAUCUUUGCAACAUCUUCCGGGUUUAGCAAAACACUGCCACGACCAUCCAGACCUCCUACACCUCCAACACAGAGUCAGGACCCUGAACAAGGUUUUUCAGGGCUUGCUGCUUCUUAUAUCUCCCCAGUCAAGGCCCUGGUACCACAGAUGCCCAAGCUGCUCAAGUCGCUGUUCCCUGUACGCGAUGAAAAGAAAGAUUUGAGACCCUCUCCACACUCCCAACAGCAUAUGCCACGGAUAAUGAUGCAAACAGCCAACAACCCUGAUGAAGGAAGAGUAAGAAUAGAACCGGUUGCAGUAAUGGGGAAGAGCCCUUCUUCAGACAGACACUCAGAUGCUCCUGAUGCCCCAUCCUCUAUGCAUGAUCCGCAUGACCUGCCCCUGAGCCCCAUCAGCGAGGCCUCCAGUGGCUAUUUUUCUACUAGCGUCUCCACUGCCACCCUUUCCGAUGUCUCCAUAGCUUGCGGGGACCUUACCCCUACUCCCAAUACCCAGCUGGGUUCUGUAGCAUCCAGGCAAAGAGGGGAGGACAGUGAAGAAUGUCUUGCAACCCCUGUUAAUGCCUCUAUUGCUCCUGUAGAAGCUGGGAUAAGAUCUGACAGACAUAAACACGAGGAGGCGGCCCACAGGAAUGGCGUCACCACCUCUCAGCAGGAAGCACAGCUACAGACAAACCCAGUGUUGAGUACCUCCACGGACAACCCUUUCUCCCUACAGAAGGUCAAAGCCAAUGAACUCAGGUCUUUCAGUAACAUUCUUGGAGACGGUGAUGGAAAAGCAACCACUAACAUCUUGGAGAAGUUGGAGAUCACCUUCGAGGAUGCAGAACCCAAGGAACUUGCUUGGCUCAAGGUUGGAGGGAGAGUCACUGUCGGAACCAGUAAGUCCGGCACAGUCCGCUACAUCGGUCCAACGCACUUCUCAGAAGGCGUCUGGGUCGGCGUUGAGCUGGACACUCCCUCAGGUAAGAACGAUGGUUCUGUCGAGGGCCACCAAUACUUUCGAUGCAACCCUGGUUUUGGAGUACUUGUCCGUCCAGAUCGACUGAGCCGCCGGGAAGCUUCUAAAAGACACAAUGAAAACCGGCGCAGUGGGGAGUUCAGUCAGCAGCUGAGGGGAGGAACCGGCACUGCCAUUCAGAAAGCAGAGAAUCGCAAAUCCUGGACCAGCUAAUUGACUGAGCUGAGCAGGACAGAACCUCCACCUCUAUCCAUCACUGUGCUUGGGCUAAUGGAGCAUUCUUAUACCCAAUUUUGCAUGGAGGUGGUACAACAUUCCCUUACAUCAGUUUCGGUGCUGUGCUAGUGUGUAGCAUGUGGGAGUGCUAUGGAUUUUUUUAACAUGCAAGUCUUCUUGGGUUUGACCAUAAAUGAAUCUUCCGGGUCUUUGGGAUCAACCCAUCAUUCUUUUGUUUGUGCCCCGGAGUCUACAAAUACUACAAAUUAUGCUUGAUUUGUCCUGUCUGUGCAGUCAGUAGUCGAUUACUUGUCUCCUGAAUGUGCCUUUUAAGUCAACCCAUUCUUUGGUCAUCAUCCCUCAUUGCACCUUGAUAACACUAGUUAGAACGUAAUAAAUGCUAUGGUAGACAAACAAUGUAUCUCAGGGAUCUGAUCAGAGUUAAUGGAAGUGUGUUAAGACACCCUGUUUGGUCUUCAGCUCUAAGCCGCUAUCAAGCAUAUAUUUUGAGAAAGGUUAUCGCCCUGAGCAGGUCAAUGCAGGGGAUUGAUGUCGGUUUCUUCAUGUUGUUGAGUACUACUAUUACUUGGCCAGUGAUUGCAUGACUAAAACCACAAGAUGGAAUAUUUUAUUUGGUUUUGGAUUGCCUAUCAGUAUUUUAAGAUUAAACUGCCAGCUCGGUGCGUAUCCUUGAUUGCACAUGGAGAGUUUUUAGACUUGACUAAAUUGGCACAUUCAGGCUUAAUUGACUGGCUUAAUUAGGCUCUCUCUUAAUAGGUUUGAUGAUUGGAGUGAACAAAAAAAGAAAUCAUUUUAGAGGACUUAUUUACAAUCUGAUGGGUUGGGGCUCGUUUUAGUAAGCAGCCUUUUAAUUGGAAUUGGGUUAUUGAAACUACUUCAACAUAAAAUGACUUUGUGCUGCAAUUUAGUGACAAUUUAACGUAGCUCAGUUUGAUUGGUUUGUAAAGACAAGAAGGUCUUUCUUCCGCAAGAAGGUCACGGUGAAAGCACAUUCCAGUUUUAUGAAUUUUUCCCUUUACAGACAAUACCCUCAUCUUAUUUAGUCAAAAUCUAAAAUCACAAAUAUAUUAGCAGUAUGCGCAGAGUGGACACAUUUCUAUAGUUUUUAAAAAGACGCAUGAUUCUAUACUGAUAUGACUCUUGUUCACAUCAAGAUGGAUAGAGAAAGACGUGUUAUUUCAUUCCUUUUAUAUUCUAUUUUCGUGGAAAUCAUCUUGCGAUUUCUGAAGUCUAAUGCAAUAUCAAAUUAUUCAAAUAUAUUUUAAUGGUUGUAGGUAUGUACAUUGAUUUUUAUAAAGUGUAAAAAUCCCAUGAAUGGAAAAUUAAUUUGCACAUUUGAUUUCUAGUCGAUAGCUUAUGUGCCCAAAGGGCGCUUUAGUUUUGUUGUAAAUUAACUUAAACUAACCAAGGAUCCACUGUAAAUCAACUUUUCACUGGGUUUGGUGCUCGAAAUUUCGUUUUAAAAAAUUUCGAAAUUUCGAUCUGCGAAAAGAUGAGUUUCUGCGGCGGUUUCACAUUGCUUUUUAUUUGUUUUCAAAUGAAGUGAUGUCCUGAAGUUUGUGUUCGGUCUAAAAACUAAAGGCUGAUUUUUACUUCUGCGUCAAGCGCAUGCUCCAACGCAGCAUUCCCGCGGUCAAUCCUCGCCAUGGCCAACGCUGACACACACCUCUCAAAAUAUUUAACUACAUGUCGCUACGAUGUGUUGCUCAAACUGUGUGAUCGGUCGGCUUGGUGGCGGUUACGAGUGUGGGUGGGACCAAGAGCCGAGCGAACAUGUUGGAGCGAGUGUUUACAAGUGUCGAGUCCCAUGAAGAAAUUUAGUUUUGUCUUUACCUUAUGAUUAAAGUUGUUGCACGUCCGCCGGUUCCUGCCUCAGAAUACUGAGUUUUAGAUGCUUGUACAUCAAGGCAGUGUUCAUCAACAACAAAACACCUGCGAAGAAACUCUACUGCCAGUUAGUGUUUCGGAAGUGUUAUUGCAGAGCAACACAAACAGCAUGCCGAAGCAAAUGUGUCUGCAAACUGCAAGACAGGGGCGUAACAUAAACGUGCGUUUCUUGUAGUAAGUUAGAAAAGAGGUAACUUUCAGUUAUUGAGAUCCCAUGUGAAAUGCUGUUGCCAAGAUGGCGGAAAAACUUACCAGAUAACAUUUUCACCAAAUGUUUUCAUAGGUUUUCUCCAGAUGUAUUCAUAACCAAUUCAUUUGAUGUAUUAUUAUUAUUAUUAUUAUUAUUAUUAUAUCCAUUCAUUUAGCAACUCCUCAAUGCAAUUUGUUGACAACUUCAUCUGUUUUGUCAUGACAGUUUGCCCUCUUGGCGUCGCCCCCUGUGGUUGCAAAUAUUAGUACAAUGGCGAGCGCGUCAAGUAUGAAAACCUCCGCAACUCGUGGCUGUACGUUACUGUGAUGGUUGAGUUCAGGGUUGUUGUAGGUAUAGACGUUAAUAACUGAUGGUUGGGUUUAGGUGUGGAGUAGGUGUAGACGUUAAUAACUGAUGUACAGCACCAUAGUUUUUACAUGUAGGUUAUGCCUCUAACUUACUACAAGUUACACCCGUCUUGCAGUCCGCAGAGAGACCCUACUUCGCAUAGGUAUAAACGCAUGGCAACGUGCAAGGCAUGCGCCGUGGGUCAUGGUGAUCACACUACGCAGAAGUAUAAACCAGUCUUAAUUUGCUUAAUUUUUUUUUUUUUUUUUUGUAUCUCAAUCUGUGCCUCAUUCAUCAUGGAGAAAAAAACGAAACAAACGCACACAUGGAGUUGACUGUUGCUGCAACAGCAAGACUCUAAGACCUGCUGGAUCACGUUAGCAGCUAGUCAUUCUCCAAGUAUUAUAUUAAAGGUAAUACACGAACUGACUGAUUGCCUUUGAACUGACAAGUCUCUACUAGGUAUUUCUUUCUAGCAAUAACACUCAAAACACAGUAGGAAUUUGACAGUUUGAACCUAGCUUGUUUCUUUUGACUACAAAGGGGAAAUGAACUUCCUGAAGCUGAUCUCCUUCCACGACCCCAGAUUUCAAUCAUAGAUGCUUGUAAAUGUGUUUAUAUUGGUAUUCUUUCAUUUCAAGUGCAAUUGACUAUUUUUCUAACUCAUCACACCCCUUUUCGACAAUGUAGUCUCCAGUAGCAGUGAUGUCUUGAUCUGUCAUAAAGUGGCACAGAGCCAUAUCUGAACAACCAAACGGUGGCCUUCUGAAGUCGAUGCUAAAUACAGGUGCGGAUAUUUGUGCUCUUCUUCUGUUUGAAAUCCUUCCCGCUUUUUCAAAAAGAGGUUUUGAAGGACGCUCUGGGCCCUGUUGUUUACACAGAUGUCAGACGAAGCUCUUGGCAGGAAGUUGCUGCUCUAGUUUUUGUAAAAAAAAAAAAAUAAUAAAAAAUGUCUCCUUCCCUCUUUCUUAGCAGUGAGUGAGUGAACAGCUCCAUCUUUCACCACUAGUCUGUGCCUGUCCUGAUGAUUUCAUGUCCUGAAAGUUGUCGCAUAUAUUUCAGUAUAUGUGUGAAUGCUGUUUGUUUUGUACAUAGUUGCAUCUUGAUAGUUCAAUCGGAGCACAAGGCUGGGUUUGAUUAAUUUAAUUAUCUGCAAUUCUAUGCUGAUAUCCAAAGAAUAAUCAUGUAUAAUAUUUCAUUUAUAAUUUCUUUUAUAUUGACUGUACAAUAAUCUGGCUGAAAAGGAAAAGACAAAUAAAAAGUGAACUGAUUAA